AUGGGAAAGGUUCUUCUCUUUGUCUGCUGCCUGGUUUCAGUUGCCCUCGCAGAACCACCGGCAGGAGCCGGCUACUUGCCGCCCUCCCAGUACGGCACCCCAGGCUACAGUAAUGGCGGAGUCGGCAGUACGGGUGUCAGUUCCCCUUUCGCAAGUUAUGGCCUUCCUUCAUCAUUUAAUGGGCUCGGAGGAAAUGGAAGACCUUCCUCACAGUAUGGAACUCCGUCUAGUGGAAACGGAUACUCUGGAAAUGGGAACGGUUACAAUGGAAAUGGUUACUCUGGUACUAGCAAUGGCUAUAGUAAGAAUGGAAACGGAUACAGUCUGGGCGGAAACGGUUUCAGCAAUGGAAACGGAUACAGCAACGGAAAUGGCUUAGGAAAUGGAUACGGAAAUGGAAAUGGCUACAGCAACGGUAAUGGCAAUGGAAACGGAUACAGCAACGGAAAUGGUAACGGAAAUGGUUACAGCAAUGGAAAAGGUUACAGCAACGGUAAUGGCUACAGCAACGGUAAUGGAUACAGCAACGGAAAUGGAAAUGGCAACGGUAAUGGAUACAGCAGUGGAAAUGGCAACGGAAACGGAUACAGCAAUGGAAAUGGAUACGGUAACGGAAAUGGCUACAGCAAUGGAAAUGGCUAUAGCAACGGAAAUGGUUAUAGCAAUGGAAAUGGAUACGGUAGUCGAAAUGGAAAUGGAUAUGGUUACAAUGGAAACGGAAAUGGCGCAAAUGGUGACGAAUCUGAGCCAGCAAAUUACGAGUUUUCUUACGAAGUCUCUGCUCCAGAAUACGGCGUUGAGUUCGCUCAUCAAGAGAGUCGCCAGGAUGAGUUGGCCGUGGGCUCUUACAGAGUUCUGCUCCCUGACGGAAGGACUCAGCUAGUGGAGUACCAGGCAGAUCAGGAUGGGUACAAACCCACCGUGUCCUACCAGGAGGCGGCGGGAGGAAACGGUUACUUUGGAGGAGGCAAUGGAAACGGUUACAGCAAUGGUAACGGAUACAGAAAUGGAAACGGAAACGGAAAUGGUAACGGGUAUGGAAGCGGUAAUGGCUACGGAAAUGGAAAUGGCUAUGGAAACGGAUACAGCAGUGGAAAUGGGUACGGCAAUGGAAACGGCAAUGGAAACGGAUAUAGUGGUGUGAAUGGCUACACCAAUGGAAAUGGCUACACCAACGGUAAUGGAUACAGCAACGGAAAUGGCCUGUACUCCAAUGGAGGGUAUUCCAAUGGAAAUGGAAGAUAUGCCAGUAGCAGUGGAGGAUAUUCUAAUGGAGGUUACUCGGGCGGCAAUGGCUAUUCGUCAGGAGGUAGAAAUGGUGGUUACUAA